AUGUCCUCCAAGCCAGAGCCAAAAGACGUCCACCAGCUGAAUGGGACUGGCCCUCCCGAGGUGCCCUGCCCCGCAGAUCUCCCUGGCCGGGAGCCACUAGCCAGCACCACCGAGUUUCUGGGGCCAGAUGGGGCAGGCGUAGAGGUGGUUGUGAUUGAGUCGCGGGCCAACGCCAAAGGGGUCCGAGAAGAGGACGCCCUCCUGGAGAACGGAAGCCAGAGCAACGAGAGUGACGAUGUCAGCACCGACCGUGGCCCCGAGCCGGCCUCUCCCCUCAAGGAGACCUCCUUCUCCAUUGGGCUCCAGGUGCUUUUUCCAUUUCUCCUGGCUGGCUUUGGGACCGUUGCCGCAGGCAUGGUGCUGGACAUUGUACAGCACUGGGAAGUUUUCAAGGAUGUAACUGAAGUCUUCAUCCUGGUACCUGCACUCCUGGGGCUCAAGGGGAACUUGGAGAUGACCCUGGCAUCAAGACUGUCAACAGCUGCCAACAUUGGGCACAUGGACACACCAAAGGAGCUUUGGAAGAUGAUCACUGGGAACAUGGCCCUUAUCCAGGUGCAGGCCACCGUAGUGGGCUUCCUGGCCUCCAUCGCAGCGGUUAUCUUCGGCUGGAUCCCCGAUGGCCACUUCAGCAUCAGCCACGCCGUGCUGCUGUGUGCUAGCAGCGUGUCCACAGCCUUCAUCGCCUCCCUGGUGCUGGGUAUGAUUAUGAUCGGAGUCAUCAUCGGCUCCAGGAAGAUUGGGAUCAACCCCGACAACGUGGCCACGCCCAUCGCUGCCAGUCUGGGGGACCUCAUCACCCUGGCCCUGCUCUCGGGCAUCAGCUGGGGGCUCUACUUGGAACUGGAGGGCCGGCCAUACAUCAACCCCUUGGUGUGUGCCUUCUUUGUGGCUCUGCUGCCUGUGUGGGUGGUACUAGCCAAGAGGAGCCCAGCCACUCGGGAGGUGUUGUACUCCGGCUGGGAGCCAGUCAUCAUUGCCAUGGCCAUCAGCAGUGUUGGAGGCCUCAUCCUAGACAAGACUGUGUCGGACCCCAACUUUGCUGGUAUGGCCGUCUUCACUCCAGUGAUUAAUGGUGUUGGAGGCAAUCUGGUGGCAGUCCAGGCCAGCCGAAUCUCCACUUACCUGCACAUGAACGGGAUGCCGGGGGAAAGCUCCGAGCCAGCGCCCCGGCGCUGCCCUAGCCCUUGCACCACUUUCUUUAGUCCUGAAGUGAAUUCACGCUCGGCCCGGGUCCUUUUCCUCCUCGUGGUACCUGGACACCUGGUGUUCCUCUAUACCAUCAGCUGCAUGCAAGGUGGGCACACCACCCUCACCCUCAUCUUCAUCAUCUUCUACAUGACAGCUGCACUGCUCCAGGUGCUGAUCCUCUUGUACAUCGCAGACUGGAUGGUGCACUGGAUGUGGGGCCGAGGCCUGGACCCAGAUAACUUCUCCAUCCCAUACUUGACAGCCUUGGGUGAUCUGCUGGGCACCGGACUCCUGGCCCUCAGCUUCCACGUUCUCUGGCUCAUAGGGGACCGAGACACAGAUGUCGGGGACUAGCUUCCAUCUCUCCACUUCCAUUGCCUUGUAUUUGAUUUUUUUCUUUUUGGUUUUCUCCCCAUCCUCCUUUCUAGGACUUCACUUUGAUAUUGAAUUCUCAUUAUUUUAAAUGGGAAUUUUUAAUACGUCGAGCCGAGUUUGUACAGUGAGUAUUUAGGAAGGCUAGAUUGAUUGAAACAAAACAGCAUGAGUCAAUUUUGAGACAAUCACCAAGUGCAAUUUCAUGGUGGGUGCCUCCAAGCAGAACAGGGAAGGGACAUCUUUCUAAAGAAUAAGGACAGGGAGUCUGACCUCAGCAACCUACGUAUUUGACUAAUAGGGGAGCCCUUUUUGUGGGUAGGCGCUGGGUUUUGGUUUUUUUUUCCUUUGGUUGACUGGUGGGGAUAAUAAAAUCAUCCCCUUAUUUCCUUGAAAAUGGAUCAUAAAAAAGGAGCUGAGCGGGGACACAGCUGGUCCCUAGCCCUCUUUUCUUCUGCUGAAAUCUAGCCGGCCCCUAAAGAGAGUAACAUGGGUUAACUGUUCCCGUUCCAGCACGUCCCUCAUGUUAGGUACCACCAGUAAGCUCUCCCACUGUUCUCUAAUUGCCUAACACUCCCUGGAAGAAGCAGACAGUGGCUUGGCCACCCUUUGCCACACAUUCUUCCACUCCUUCAAAUACCCACAUCCUCUCAGGGCUCAAACAACAGGCAGCACGCCCCUCCCUCCCUCUCCCCGUCCAUUCUUGUCCCCGUUUGAGCAUGCUCUGCCCCUGAGUGAGCCCAGGGGCUGGGUCAGGAUCUGGUUCUGUGGUCGGAGAAAGUUCUACUUCCCCUCUGUGCUUAAAAUCACAUGGAGUCGACUAAAGACUCUGUGGUUUCCUAAGCAUUUCCUCCCCCCCUGUCCCAUUCCAUACCCAUCAUUUUACUUCUCAGCUUCUGUCUUAGAGCAUUCCUUCAUUUAUUCAUUUAUCCAACAAAUAUUUAUUGAGUACUUACUAUGUACAAAGCCUGGAAGAUCCACUUCCUCCAAGACCCCCCCCCAGGAAGUUGAUUUUUGCCCCCCACAUUAUCAUCUCUUUGCUAUUUGCUUUCCCACUUCCUGUGGUCUCACAGACAGCACCUGCCCUUGAACUUGGUGGUAAGAGGGCUUCUUCACCAAACUUAGUCUUCCCUUUUUUUUUCCGUGUUUGGCUCCUACCUCCUCCGAGCCCUGAGCACAACUGCAGUGCCCAACCUGCUUCCUCUGUCAGGGUUUCUUAACUUUCUCCUGGGUCAUGCCCACGGUAGCCAGCAAGAGCCUACCUGUCCCUCCUCACACUCCCAUCCCUCAAUUCUUAGGAUCCUGCCCACUGGGCUCCUAAGAGUACCAGAAUUGCUAGUCUGGACCUUCCCCAGUUGCUGCUGUUUUUCUCUGAAAGGAAACUGGGUUUCUCAGCAUCUCCACCAUGUAUUGCUCUGGACCAGAUCAGGAAUCCGGGGAAAACACAAUAUACACUACUCAUGCAUGUAUGGAUCUGGGCCUUUGGAUGCAGGUAUUGCUCAGCUGCUUUGCUCUAGGGACACUCCACAAAAUCUUCCUAGCCAAGAGAAUGGUGGGUAAGGGAGAGAUGAGUCUCAUCUCCACUCCCAACUUCUCCUACCCUCAUCUCCUGGAUUUUUCUUUUAGGGGCUGCUCAGGCUGGAGCCCCAAUCUCUUACUGAUACCACUUGUCACUGGGACCUUCCACUGGAUUUUCUGGAGCAAGCUUCUCUCUCUCUACUCCAAAUCUUUCAUCCUAAAAUCAGACUCCUAGUGAUCUCAUGGUCAUCUGUCUCCCCUGGGCUGUGUCCAGCAAAGCUAAUUCAUCACUGCUUGGACUUGUCUGCUCUGCUUCCCCUGCCUGAUCCCUAUCACUUUUGCUAUCCUCUUCCUCUCUUCUUCACACAGACAGCAAGACAAACCCCCUCCAGAGGUCCUCCCUAACCAGUGUAGCCAAUUGGCCCAACUCAUCUUCCCCUCAUCCACAGAGUCCUUUUUGGGCCAGUGAGUGAACCCCCUGCCCCAUGGAUAUGUGGCUUCCUAUAAGAGGGGAAGAAAGGGACUGGAGAGAGAGAGAAUAUCACUGAAAGUGCAAAUGCAUCCAAGAUUUGUUUCCCCAACUGUGCAUGUACUUUAGACCUGGCUGCAAGGAGCAAUGUUGGUUUACUCUUGUAUUCUUAAAAAGUUCCAGAAUUGUGUCUUAAGAGAAUUAUUUAUAGUUGCUAUAACUGAAUUGACAAAUGUCAACUUAACUGAUAAAUUAUAUUUGGUAAAAUAAAGAGAACAUUUAUUUAG